UGGAUCUUCUCAAAUGGACUCGUCUACAACAAACAAAGGGGAAAGUGUAUAAGGUUGCAAACUUGCCUUUGGAGGACACAGACAGAAUGGUGGUCAUCAUGUACUCCAACGACGGGGAUUUUCAUCGCAACACUGUUCCCUUGUUUGAAGAUAUUCAAGCUGCAGGUCCAUCAUCUGCCGAGCGCGUGACUGACAUAUCGACACUUGUGCGGAGAGAGAGAAAGCCGAAGAUGUUGACUGAUGUCGUGGAGAAGAACUUUCUACCAUCAAAGUGGAAAAUGGCAGGUAUGGAUCCACCGGAGAAAGUGGUCUAUGAUGGUAUGGAAAGGGAGCCGAAUGCGAUGGUGGAGACAUUGGAGCAUUUUUGUCMUGCRGAUGAGRCUGUCGUUUUCCUCGGGAAAGGUCAUGCGGGAUUGGUUUGGGAGCUGUUAAAGAGUCACCGUCAUUGCAUUGUGCUGGAAGGGGAGGGUAUGAAGUUCGAGUUCCUCAUUCAGUUCAUUGACAAAAUGGAUAAAACUCGAGAUUACCGCUCCAACUUUACUAAGCCGCCUCCUCGACAUGAUGAAGGGCAUAAUCUCGUCUACAAGGUUGGCCAAAACGUGGUCAAUAUUUGGGAGUUUCUCUUCGAAACAAAGCCGCAAGACAGAGGGGAACAUACUUAUGUCCUCAGAAGAAGAAAAGUGGAGAAGCUCUUGAGGGGUUAUCAUAAAGCACCAUCGGAGAAGGAGGUUUCAUUUCUCGACCGCUUGGAGACCAGGUACUUCGACCAACAAAUCGGGGCGUUUACAAUCGCAGGUCAUGCGACUUGUUUUGUGGAUGGUGAGGACUUUGAUGCCGACGACUCAGAAGAAGAGAGUGUUGAUGGCACUUUGCAAGCGGCUUUGGCAGCUGAGAGGCAAAGAGCUUGUAGCCCGGGUUCGCAGAGCAUGGGUGUUCCAGGCACAUCGUCCGGUUCUGGAGGAGCUUCGAGCAUGGCGGUUUCAACGGGUCAGUUAAUGACUCAGCCGCCGACUUCUUCUUGUUACGCCAACUCAGAUGGUGGGCAAUACGAUGACGGUGGCAUACGGAGGCAGUCUGGAUCCGAGUGUUCUAGCAAUGCUCUCCCCAGAGUUGGUGGCAACUCUGACACCAUUUGCACACAGCCCAAGUACUAUUAUGGAAUUGCUACGCUCUCGAACUCCACAACAACCUCCACCUGAUGAGCUUUUGGAGUACGAGAUUGGAGACACAAUCCCUGCAGACAUUCGACUGCUUCCGGGGCCUAUAGUGUGCCGAGACG